ACCACCCAAAAUAAAAAAAAAGGACAAAACAAAACAAAAGGGAGAAGGGGAGAGAAAGAUAUUGAAACGAGAAUGGCCAUUGUUAGUGUGGUUGUCGCUAUAAUUGUUGUGAUUGCUGCUGUGGUUUCGGAAGAAAUUAUCAAGUAUAUUGGACAAUGGCUCAUUGAGAACAUGGUUAAACCAGUUGGACAGUUGCUCAUCGAGAAACUGGUUAAACCAAUUGGACAGUGGUUAGGUUAUUUGUUUCACUACAGCAGCAACAUUGAGAAUAUGAAGGAACAGGUAAAGAAGUUGAGGGACGUUAGGGAAAGGGUGCCCCUGCCGCAUUCGGUUGAAGCUGGUACAAGAAACAUUGAAGAAAUUGAAACCGAUGUUAACAAGUGGUUAGAAAAUGCGGAUUUGAUUAUGGGAAAGGCCAAGGAAGUUAUUGAAGAUGAAGAAAAAUCAAAGAUGAGGUCUUCCUAUGCGAUAUGCCUGAACUUGAAGCACCGCCAUCAGCAAAGUAAGAAAGCAAAGAAGAUAGUGCAAGACAUCAAUGAAGUCUUGGAAAAUUGGAGAUCUGAUAAGGUUUUCCAUAUGGAUUACCUGAACUUUGGGUCAAGAAUGUUAACUGUGAAGAGACUUAUGGUGGCAUUGGGAGAUGCUAAUUUCAACAUGAUUGGGGUGUGGGGGAUGCCAGGUGUGGGAAAGACUACAUUGGUGAGAGAAGUUGCCAGGCAAGUCAAGGAAGAAAAGUUAUUCGAUGAGGUAGCUAUAGCAACCGUGACGCAGAGCCCAAACCUAAUAAAAAUACAAGGAGAAAUCGCUGACAAACUAGAUCUAAAGCUUGAUAAGGAAACUUCAAGCGGAAGAGCAGAUCUUCUAAGGGUGAGGUUAACAAAAGACAUUGAAAAGAAGAUACUUGUUAUCUUAGAUGAUAUAUGGGAGAAACUUGAUUUGAAUGAAAUAGGAAUUCCUCGUACGGGUUGCAAAGUAGUGUUAACAUCUAGGAAUAGGGAUGUAUUAUCUUCUGAGAUGGGCACCCAAAAGGAUUUUGGACUUGAAGUUUUACCCAAAGGAGCAUGGUGUUUAUUUGAGAAGUUGUCAGGUGAUUCUCUCGUAGAUUCAAAUUUGCGAUCCAAAGCAAUUGAGGUAUCCACAGCGUGUGCAGGUCUACCUCUUGCACUUGUAACAGUUGCAAAGGCAUUGAAAAACAAGUGUUUGUUUGAAUGGGAAGAUGCCCUACAAAAACUACGGAGGCCCGCCACUCGAAACCAGAAAAGAAUGCAGGAAGUUAUAUAUUCUGCGAUAAAGUUGAGUUACAAUCACCUUGAAAGUCCAGAGCUCAAAUCGUUCUUUUUGUUUUGUGCUCAAAAUCAAGUUUUUUCUUCCAUUGAUUAUCAAGACUUGUUAAAAAAAUGUUUUGGGCUGCGUUUAUUUCAUGGCAUUAGUACAUUGGAAGAAGCACGAAAUAGAACAUAUACUCUGGUUCGUAGCCUCAAAGACUCUGGCUUAUUGUUAGAUGCUCCUGAUACUGAUCACCGUUUUCGUAUGCAUGAUCUUACUCAUGAUGUCGCCCUCUUAAUUUCAUAUGAGACUCAAAAUGUGUUGAUCAUGAGGGACGAGGGUCUAGUGGAAUGGCCAGAUGAGGACGAUAUGAAAAUGUGCACAUCAAUCUUUGUUUAUAAAAGGGAUAUUCAUGAAUUUCCUGACAGAUUGGAAUGUCCAGAACUAAGUUGCUUAAAUGUGCAUGCCAAAGAUCGAGAAGGUUCUUUUAAAAUUUUAGACACAUUUUUUAAAGGGAUGAGAAAGCUAAAAGUUUUAGAUUUGACUUAUAUGGGACUUUCAUCACUUCCUUCCUCACUUAAGCUACUCACUAACUUGCAAACAUUGUGUCUGGAUCAAUGUGUGUUGGGAGACAUAGCUAUGAUUGGAGAGUUGAAAAAUUUAGAAAUUCUUAGUCUUAUUCACUCUGAAUUUAAACAACUGCCAAGGGAAAUUGGGUUUUUGACUCAUCUACGGAUGCUGGAUUUGAGCAAUUGUAAAAAACUUCAAGUGAUUCCUGCCAACGUCCUCUCACGCUUGAUACUAUUGGAAGAGCUAUAUGUCGGCAACAGCUUCACUCAAUGGGAGGUUGAAGGACUCAACAAUGAAAGAGCUAGCCUUGCAGAGGUAAAGCAUUUAUCAAGAUUAAGCACUUUAGAAGUACAAAUUCCAGAUGUCAACAUGAUGCCAAAAGAUUUGUUAUUUGAGAAGUUGAAAAGAUACAAAAUAUUUAUAGGAGAUGUGUGGGAUUGGCCUGACAAACAUGAAGGCUCAAGAAUACUAAUGCUCAAGUUGAAUACAUGCUUUCAAUUGGAUAGUGGGAUCAAAAUGUUGUUUAAUGGAAUAGAAGAUCUGUGUUUGGAUGAGUUAAAUGGUGUUAAGAGUAUUGUACAUCAAUUGGAUAUGAAAGGCUUUCAACAACUAAAGCGUCUCCAUGUCCAAAACAAUGCUGAGAUUAAGUAUAUCAUCCACUCAAGGGGGUUGGUUAUUGAUGAUGUUGUAUUUCCUGCGUUAAAGAUAUUUUCUCUCAAAAACAUGAUCAACUUAGAAGGAAUAUGUGAUGCCCAACUUCCCUUGACAUCCUUUCGUGACAUAAGAAUUAUGAAAGUGGAACAUUGUGAGAAACUAAAAUUUCUCUUCUCGUCAUCCAUAGCUAAAGGUCUUUCACAACUUCAAGAAUUGGAGAUAAAAGAAUGUAACAUCAUGCGAGCAAUAGUUGUAAAAGAAGAUGGUGAACUUGAAGAUGGCGAUAUGAUAUUAUUCCCUGAACUGUGGCACUUGAAACUACAAGUAGUUCCAAAGCUCACGAGCUUCUUAAGCACACAAAAUUCAUUCAUAAUCGAUGCUGAAAAAGUCAUUCCCAAGGGCGAGCUGGAUUUUCACAUGCCAAUUCUACAUGAACAGGGAAGCCGCACUCUCCAAGAUUUUUCCCAGUGGCACGCUCGGUUCGUUGCAUCUGGUCUUGUUCCUACGACACCAGAUGAACCAAGCAAUCUUUGCAAAGAGCUCCAACUGUUUUUCUUGCUCGCCAACCAGAGCUACCAGGUCCGAGAAUUCCGAAAUCGCUGGGUUGUGUUCCCCAAGUUGGAAAGGUUGGAACUGUCCCAUAUACUCUCGGAAGAGAUAUUACAGCACAACCAACAUCGGGCAAGCUCCUCUUUCAAAUUAACAGGCUGCUCAAGAUUUCAAAAUUUGUGGAACUUGCAGGUGAAAGGCUCUGGCAAUUUAAAAUACCUAUUCUCUUCCUCUACAGCGAGAUUUAUGGUUCAACUCAAAUAUCUUGACAUUGAGGACUGUAAGGUAAUGGAAGAGAUACUACUCACAGAAGACUUAGGAGAAGAACAAAUCAUUCCAAAGGUGUUGUUCCCUCGACUGGAACACCUGAUUCUAAAAGAUCUUUCAAUCCUCAAAAGAUUCUGCGUAGGAAGAAAUAUCAAAUUUCCAUCCCUGAAGUAUAUGUGGAUAGAAAGAUGCCCUAAAUUUGAAUCAUUCAUAUUCAAACCUGUUAGCUCAGGCAUGACAGUGAGCAAAGAACUUAAGGAAGUAAAUUCAGAGGAGAUCUCUCAUACUGCCUUGCAGCCUCUCUUCAAUGAAGAGGUUGCAGUCCCUAGUUUAGAAAUAUUGCGAAUUUUACACAUGAAGAACUUGAAAAUCAUAUGGCACGAUCAAUUAGCUAAAGAUUCCUUUUUCAAGCUUCAAAUCCUAACUGUUAAGUACUGUGAAAAUCUUUUAAACAUCUUUGAAUCUAAUAUGCUGACUAGAUUAAAAAGCCUAGAGAGACUUCAAGUACUUGAUUGUGGUUCACUACAAGAAGUGUUUGAACUUCAAAGUCACGAUGUUAAAGAAUCACAUGCUGUGAUAGCUAUUCCAUUAAAAAGACUGAUUUUGCGUCGUCUACCGAAAAUGAAGCAAGUAUGGAAUAAGGACCCCCAAGGAAUUUUCAGCUUUCAAAAUCUACAAAAAAUAAGUGUUUUGGAAUGCAAGAGUUUGAAAAGUUUGUUCCCAGCAUCUGUGGCUAGAUGUCUCAUGCAGUUGGAGGAUCUUGGGAUAGAAAAUUGCGGAGUGGAGGAAAUCAUUUCUUGUGAAGAUGUUGCAGAAGCUGCAGCUAGAUUUGUUUUCCCUAAUUUAACUCUCCUGCUACUUUGUAACUUGCCAAAACUGAAGUGGUUUUACCGACAGGUGCAUACUUCAGAAUUGCCGUUACUGAAACAAUUGAAGGUGACUAGAUGUGAUCAAAUUGAGAUAUUUGCUUCAAAAUUUUCGAGCUUUCAAGAAGCAAUUGAACGGAGCGAACUUGAGCACUCCAUUCAACAACCCCUUUUCUUGGUUCAAGAGGUAAGAGACUAA